AUGCAUAAACCCGACAAACUCCCCAAUGGGGAGACCCGGCAGGAUUAUAAGCUGGUAGCUUUUGUGGAUGGGGACCCGGAGAACCCCAAGAACUGGUCAAAAGCGCACAAGUGGUACAUCACCAUGGUCGUUGCCGUCACAUGUUUCGUCGUCGCCUUCAACUCCAGUGUCAUCACCUCGGAUAUACCGGGUGUUUCCGAAUCUUUCAACGUCAGUCAUGAGGCUGCUCUUGUGCCCAUUUCGGUGUUUGUCGUUGGUUUUGGUGUUGGUGGUGGUUCCACGCUCUUUAUCGCCGUCGUCUUCAUCAUUCCAUGCGCAGUCUCCAAGAACAUCGGCACCCUCAUCGUUUGCAGAUUGAUCGACGGCAUCGCGUUUUCAGCACCCAUGACGCUAGUCGGUGGCACGCUUGCCGAUCUCUGGAGAAACGAAGAGCGCGUCGGUCCUCUCGUUGGCGGUUUCCUGUCCGACGCUGCCGGUUGGCGCUGGCUGUACUGGAUCCAGCUCAUCUUGUCCUUUAUCGUCUGGAUCCUCAUCACCUUCACCGUGCCCGAGACGUACGCGCCCACCAUCCUCGCGCGCCGCGCCGCCAAACUGAGAAAACAAACCGGCGACAACGGCCACGUCACCGAGGCCGAGCUCGACCCGCGGCCCUUCUCCCAGCGCAUCGGCGUCUUCCUGGUCCGCCCCUUCCAGCUCCUCUUCCGCGAGCUCAUCGUUUUCCUCGUCAGCCUGUACAUGUCGGUGCUCUACGGUCUCCUGUACAUGUUCUUCGUCGCCUACCCCAUCAUCUUCGAAGUCCGCAAGGGCUACUCCUCCGGCACCACCGGCCUCAUGUUCAUCCCCAUCGCCGUCGGCGUCAUCCUCUCCGCCACCUGCGCCCCCCUGGUCAACAAGCACUACCUCACCCUCGUCGCCAAGCACAACGGCCGCCCCCCAGCCGAAACCCGCCUCAUCCCCAUGAUGAUCAGCUGCUGGUUCAUCCCCAUCGGACUGUUCAUCUUCGCGUGGACGUCGUACAAGCGGCUCAUCUGGGUCGGCCCCUGCCUGGCGGGGGCUGCCCGUCGGCACCAGGCGGCGUCGGCCCUGGCCGCCAAGACCUUCAUCCGCUCCUUCUGGGGCGCCGGCGUCGUGCUCUUCACCGAGCAGAUGUACGACCGCAUGGGCGACCAGUGGGCGUCGAGCUUCUUGGCGUUUUUGAGUCUCGCGUGCUGCGCGAUUCCGUUCCUGUUUUGGCGCUAUGGAGCCACCAUUCGCAAGCGCAGCAAGUAUGCGUUUGGCGGGGAUGAGGAGGACACGUCGGAUUCGGAUGCUGAGAAGGCGAGGAAGCCGAUUGAUCCGACCGCGCCGUUGCAUGAGGAUCUGGAGGAUCUCGAGAGGGCGAGGAGCUAUGUCGCUAACCCGUAA